GGCCAGCGGAGCGCGUGUCAACUGCGCCGUCUCUCUCAGCUGCGCGAUCUCUCCUCUGAUCGCGUCUUGCGUGUGAUUUGCGUGUACGGGGAUUAUGAAUAUCUGUUAUAAAACAGUGACAGCUUAUAAAAUUAUAUUUGCACCGAAUUUGUGUCACUGGAGUGUAACCGAAGUGAUUUUUUAAUUUUAAAUUUUAAACCAUUGCGAGUUUGUUAACUUGUUGUUCUUAUAUUAUGUGCUUUGGGAUCAUUCGUUAGUGUCGCUAUGAGCCUCUUUAAGAGGGUUCGAUCUACAAAUUAUCAAGCAGUCUCUAUUUAAAUUGUUUCCACACUUUGUGGGGCGAAGAUUAUGUUUCAUUGGCGGCAAAUUAAAGAGCGCUGAUUGAAGUUUGAUGUUACAUAAAAGUAAAUACCAAGAUAUCAGAAGCAAAAGUGCCAACAGUCAACAGUUUAGUUGAUAUUCAGAAAAAUCCAUAGCUUAGGGAGCCAUUAUACUGGGCAGGUGGAUGCCCACGGCGCAGACGUCCAUGUGGAGACGCCUCUCCAUUGCCUGCAUGUCGCUCUUGAGGGAUCAAGUCGUUUCAGCUCGUCUGAUGUCAUACAUGUCUGACGGAUGACAUGCUUCUGUCUGUCUACUCCGCUGGUCGCUACCUCUUGUCGUGUUUCUGCUUUCGUGACUUGCCCAUCACUUCUAUUUCCGAAGCUGCACUUGUCCCUCUUCGUCAGGUGGAAAUCUUGAUUUGUUGAUGUUUUAAUGUGCGACGGUGCCGAAAGUGAAAUGCGCGCAGUGUAAGGAAAAGUAAUAUAAGUUUUUAUUAAUCAAGCAAGUAAUUUAUUCCAUCUAUCUGCUACUUUAAUUUUAACUAUAUACAGCCUGAAUGCUAUUUUAAUCUCAAGAGACAAAUAGAUAUCCAUUUGAAACCCUGGAAUCUAAUAAGUAGUUUUAGCAAAUGCGUUUCAUCAUCUGAUGCUUACGACGAGCAUCCAGCGUCAGCGAGCAGCAGUUGUGGGGUCUGUGUGCCCGAUGGCCACGAGGGAAGCUUGCCAGCAACGCCACGUGUGAGGACGCGAAACUCCCCUCGACAGCGCCAUGGAGGUGCGCUCCAGCAACUCCCGCGGCUCCACGAGCAGCAGCUCCUCCGGCAUCUGUGGCAGUGGGGGUGACCAGUAUAGCUGCUAUCAUGGAGUCGCCCAUCAUCUACAGCCACAUCAGCAGCAUGAGCAGCACGCUCACCAACAACAGCGUCAGCAACAGCAAGCUUUAAUGAACAGCAUGGAAGCAAACACUCGCUCGCUCUCAUUGGCAUCCAUCUCAUCUGAAGGCAGCACAGAAAGCCACCUUGUGGAGCAAGAGGAUAUAGUGGCGCUCUCCACCACCGUCAGGAGCUUUAAAGAUGCUCUGGGCAAGCUCAGGAAGCUCAUUCAGUCAGACAGAGACCGCGCAGAGAUGGGGGAGAGUCUGCGCGUGCGCGCGCACGAGAAGCUGGCAGAAGUUCUGCGCAUUUUGCGCCUCAUCCUGAAGACGUACAGCCCCAUCAUGCACCCUGAGCUCAUGAGUGCCGCGUCAUCACUCAUCUCGCAAGUGAACGAUUUCAAGUACGAGGAUGAGAGAGCUGAUCCGGGGCUUUUCUUGGAGUCGAUUGAUCAGCUCGCUCUGGCGUUCUCUAGCAGGGUGUCUGAGUACCUCAUGGGCGACAUCGACACGGCGCACCCCGCUGGCAGCUUCAGCUCACCAGCCCGGCAUCAGGCGGCUGCAGAUGCGCACCACGAUGCAGAAGCAACGAUGGGCGCGCUGCCUGAGACGGCGGCGCCACUGCUGGACAACGAGAACCUUUCUCCUCCCAGCAUGGACGACAUCCUACAUCGUCAUGAUAAUGGUGUGGAGUUGUGCCUGCACCGCGCCAAGCUCUGGAGCAAAUAUGCUAAGGACAUCCUGACGUACGUGGAGCAGCGCGCCAUCUGCCACCUGGAGCACGCCAAGGCGCUGGCUAAGCUAGCGAGGUCCACGCUCCCUGCCCUCAAGGAGGAGAACUUCUUGCCGCUGCAAGCCGUGUACAUCACAGCACUGGAACAGGACCAGGGCUACUGUGCUGAGGUUGAAGCCACCUACUCAAGGCUUAAGGCAGCUGCAUUCAUCGAGCCUCUGGCAAGUCGACGCAGCGAGCACGAGCGCUCCAGGAAGCUAAUAAAAGAACAGUGGCAUCGAGAACACCGGCGGCUCACCGACUCGCUCAAUGCGCUCAAAAAAGCAAAGGCGACUUACCAGCAGCGCAAUCAGGAAUUCGCUCGCCUGAAAGAAGCGGAGCCCAAGACCAACUCCAUGGAGCAGCAGGAAAAGCUGGAGAAGAAACGCGAGGACGCCGCUAACAAGGUGCGUGAAGCCACGACCGUGUACCAGCAGUGCGUGACGGACGCAAAUGAGAAGCACGCAUCGUGGAUGCGCACGAAGAGAGAAGUAAUCCAGCAGACUCGGGAGCUGCUGCUUCAGUUCGAUCAUUUAAUUAAGACUGUCACAGUGCGGUACUUCCAGAUGCAGCAGACGGUCGCUGAACUGGCUCCUGUGCAGCUUCAGGCACUGGCCGAGAAGGCUCGCCAGUACGAGCCUGGCUCGCAGUACAUGACAUUCGUGAAACGAGCAGCGGCCGUCCCUGCGGUGCCGACCGUCACGGCGUCCCGCACCUCAGCUUCACCGCCCUUCAGUUUCGAGCAGUACGGCUCAGCUGGCAACCGCCUCACGGCCCAGGCUCUCUACGCGGCGGCUUCGAAUGGCGGCAUAAUGGGAGCCGAGGACAUGAGAGUGUCGAGUUCACCACGAGGCGGGUCUGGCACACCAGUGGCGGGCAGCGACUCUGACAGCGUGGGCUCGUGCAGCUCCAAGAGUCAGAGUCCAUCGUCAUCACCCGUGCCGCCCCCGAGACGACCUCACGCAGCCCUCACCACUCCUGAUCUUCCUCGUCACCAGCACGCCUUGUCAUCUGGCGACGAGCUCGAAACGGAAGCAGACGGCGCGUGGUCAUGUCAAGUGCACGUCAGGAGUAAGGCGGCCGAGACCCACUCCUUCAGGAAGCUCAAGACGCCCUCACGUUGUCGUGAGUGCGACUCUUACGUGUACUUCCAUGGCCAGGAGUGCGGCGAGUGCGGGUUAGCGUGUCACAAGAAGUGUCUGGAGACACUGGCCAUCCAGUGCGGCCACAAGCGCCUGCCGCGGAAGAUGACCACCUUCGGCGUGGACCUGGCGCAGCUCGCGGGGGACAGUAAGGUGGCCGUACCACACCUCAUCAGCAAGUGCAUCAAGGAGAUUGACCACAGAGGGACUGAUAUCAAGGGCAUUUACCGUGUGUCGGGUCUGAAAACGAGAGUAGAGAAAUUGUGCCAAGCAUUUGAAAACGGGGACCAUCUUGUUGAUCUGACGGAUCAGCAUCCUAACGUGAUCGCCAACGUCUUGAAAUUAUAUCUGCGUCAGCUUCCAGAACCGCUCUUCACAUUCAGACUCUAUCCUGAUUUUAUCAGAAUAGCGAAAGAUUUUCCAGCUAAUAGUUCAGCGGAUGCAAACAACAACGAGGCUAUUGUUGAACAACUCAAAGAAGUGAUAAGUCAGAUUCCAGCGCACUUCAAGAACAGCCUGGCGGAGCUCAUGCUUCACCUGAACCGAGUUGCAGCCAACCACGACGUCAACAACAUGCCACCCUCUAAUCUUGGAAUCGUUUUCGGUCCAACACUUCUUCGCACGGCCGAGGGCUCUGCCUCACUGAGCUCCCUUGUGGACACCGUGCACCAGACGCGUGCCGUGGAGCUGCUGGUCGAGCAUGCUCCUUCCCUCUUCCCUCAUCAGGACAGAGAAGUUCAGCAUGAAGACUCGAGUAACCUCAAGCCUCACCAACGAAGUCAAGCUUCCUUGCGAUCGUCUGCCUCCAACGAAGCCACCCAAGACAUUCCACCGACGUCUUAUUCACCUGUACAAGUUUUAACAAAUCUUGGCCCCGCCGCGCUGGCUAAUCCGGCCAACACCAGCACCACGUCGCUCUCUUCUUCCUCUUCAUCAUCGUCGAGUUCUUCGUCAUCCAAAACGCAUACUUUAGAAUAUUCGACAAAGUUUCAACAAAGCUCGUCUGAACAACGGCCAGCUCCACCUGCCCGGCAGCAGCCGCUUGCCGCUCCGGCCUCGGAAGACGACUGGGAUUGGCGGCUUGGUGGCUCAGAUUCCCCUGAGACGAUGAGACACUUGCUGAGCUGUCACCUCCCUCCGUCUUCGCCCAACGCUGCUAUUGUAAAGAAGUCUUUAAGAGAUUACGUCGGGCUCGAAACGGGUUUGAUGCAGCCAUCUUCUUCCGGAUGUGAGAGGCUGGAGGUGAGCGAUCACAGUAAAGUGAGGAAGACGUUGAGCGACGUACCGGCUACUUGUACGGGAAGCGACUCAGGCGUGACCAGCAGUCAGGCAGUGAAGCAAAAGGUUGUGCCGGAGUCAGCUGGAAGCAGGAAACAUGCAGUCCACGCAGCAGGAGCCAUGGCACCUCCUUCUACUGGCAAACAACAGUUAAUGCAGAUACACGAGCGCCUGUCAGACAUGAUUCCCAAGAGGCUGUCAGGCAGCAAAGAAGUCACGCCGAACUCUGGUGCCAGAUUUCAAGAACGACGCUUGAGUACUUCUAAGGCAUCGUUAUCCAAAAAUAUGCCGGCGCAAGAAAUACUUGACGACAGCGUAUUGUAUUACCAACAAAAUAAGCAAGGAAGAAGUAAUGAACCUCAACAACAAUUUCCGGGCUCUAAAACUCCUUCCAAGUCCGAGUCUGCCCAGAAUUUAUUCGAAAGACAAGCAAAAGGGAAAGGAAGAGUUGUACCUAUAAGACAGAUGUCCGAGGUAGGUAACCAAAGCGCUUCUACAAUCUACUCUUCAGACGACAAAUCUACCGUAGCCAGCAAGCUUUCGGGCAGUAAAGAUGCCUCAGCGUUUGUAACAGAGGCAUUAGAAUAUCCUCGUACUGACAUUUACGAGAGAAACGCUUCAAUGAGAACGAGUAUUUCAUCGACAGAGUCAAAGAGCAGCAGUGAGAGGACAGAGUUAAGUAAAGCCACAGUUCAUAAAACAGUCACACCUGCUCCUUUAAUUGCAACAAAACCCCCCGAUCUUCGCGGUGCAGACGUCUCCGAUGGAUCUCCUCGAAUUAUUAACAUUCAAAAAGCCAAUUUCGCGACUUCAUUAGUGAGUAAAGAGGAUUUAGCGCGUCAAAAAUCGCGAAAUUUGCCUUCAAAUACAAACGAAAACACUCCACCACAAAGACUGACAUGUGAAACAAUCAAUCUGCCUAUCAUGGAAAGAGGGGAAAAGCGAGUGUCAAUUAAAGAGCCUCGAGAUUCAGAAAAACAAUCAGUCGUUGACUCGGAAUUUGAUUCUGGUAGAAGAAGUCUUGAAGACGUUUCCAGAGACGUGUCCCUGGAAAACUUGGCAUACAGCGAUUCUUCUCAAGAGCUGGAGGCCUCGGCAGGACGCUCUUCUCGUAUGUCAGCUCGAGAUCAAGACUCAGCUCAUGAUUCAGCGCAUGACUCGCACAGCUCUGUGGAGACGACGGACGACGCUGACGUGGCGCCGACAUCCUUCUCGUCUCGGGUGACGACGGUCUCCCUCCACGACAGGUCCCUCGCCUCGCACUCCAUUCCCUCUGCUCACGGCUUAACUUUUGCAGAUUACUCAGGAGACGAGUCAAGCUCCUAACGAUGCACAUUCUCAAUUACUGUUAUUGAAUGGGUUUUUAAAAAUCAAUCGUCGAGCGAUGGCAGCGAGGCGCAGUCUCCAAAGGAUUCGCACGCGAUGAAGUCGGAACAU